AUAACCCUAUUAGCCAACCCAACCUUUCUCUCUCACAUACACACACUCACUUUGAGUUUGACCCGUUGCCAGCCACCACCGGCAACUCUCUACUUCAAUGGAGACCCCACUCUGCACUCUCUGGAGAGGAUCUUCUUAGUGGAAAUAUUUGUUAUUGAGUCUUCUCUACUCUUCUCUUUCUUUUUUUUUUUUUUUUAGAGCAAAAAGCUUAAAUAUAACAUAUCCUCUUCUUUCAUUCCUCUUUUUCUUCUCCAAAAACCCUAAUCUAAGCCAUGCCCUGAAAGAGCAAGAAGAAGAAGAAGAAGAAGAAGAAGUGAAGAAAGGGAGGGGCUAGCUCAUCUUGUAUUCUUCUUAGCCUCUACUGUUGGAACCUCUCCUUUUGUUUGGUUUGGUUUUGUGCUUUUUUAUUUUCCCUCUAGCCAUUAUAACAAAGAUCUAUAGGCAAUUUUCCCUUUUUCUUUUCACAGAAACUUUUGUUAAUAGUGCAAGACAAAGGAAGAGAUUGCCUCCAUUUCAGAUCAGGCUUUAAAAGAUAUGGGAACUUUCUCUUUCUGAUUUUCUCUCUUUCUCUAAGCUCUUUCAGAAGAUUUAUAUGCCUAAUUCUUCAUUUAGUUGAUAGGUUCUUUUGCAGCAUAUAAGUUUAUAAUUAUAUACCCAUAUACAUAUAUAUAAUAUAAUUGCUAUUUGUCUCUUUCUUUCAAAAUUAUUAAUCUUUUUUGCUUGUUUAUGCAACUUGGCAACUAUCGCCAUCUCCUUUUUCAUAAAAACAAUAGUUUUUGUUAAUUUUUCCUUUUAAUUUUGUUUUUAAAUAUAUAUAUAUAGUUAUGGAUUCUGGUAAUAGUGGUAGUAUGCAAUCCUCAAGUGGUGAUGAAGAAUAUGAUUCAGCUUCAAGACCUCCUUUCUUAAAUCCUUCAACCCACUUUGGUUCUUUAUCUUCAACAAAUCCACAAGCCCACCCUUCUCAUCUUCUGCCUCAUCACCAUCAACCCACUUUUUUUGAUCCUUCACCAAAUCUUUUCCAUUCUUUCUCUCAGUCUACAAACCCAAUAAAUCCCAACUCUUUGCUAAACCUUGAUUUGGUUCGCUCUCGCAGCGCCGUAAGAUCUAACCUACCCGAGUGCACCGAACUUGGAAUAACCAAUAACCACCUUCCACCAUCCUCAAAUUCUUCCUCCGCCACGGCAGCAUCAUCGAGCCAAUCAAUCUUGGGUAGUUCUUCAUCAAUGCAAUUGCGUUCAGUACAAGAGAAUGGGAUCCGUUCUUCUUCUCCUUCCGAUCAAACCGCUGUAGUAACUACUAGAAAUCCCAAGAAAAGAACAAGAGCUUCGAGAAGAGCACCAACUACAGUUCUUACAACGGACACGUCAAAUUUCCGAGCAAUGGUACAAGAAUUCACUGGAAUUCCGGCUCCGCCAUUUUCUGGCUCACCAUAUUCUAGAAGGCUCGAUCUUUUUGGCUCAGUUGGAUCAGGUUUAAGAUCUACUCAAUUAGAACCCAUGGGCUCACUUUACCCUUUACGUCCUUCCCCUCAAAAAGCUCAUCAACAAGCUCCGUUUCUAUUCUCUUCUUCAUCUUCUUCUCCAUCUACUAUUAAUGUUGAAGCUACAACAACUACUACUACCAGCAAUAGUAAUAAUAAUAAUACUGUAACCUUAUCAAUUCCUACCGCAAACGUUAGUAACUAUCAACAACAACCUCAAAACAUGCUAAUCAUGCAAAACCAAAUGCUUUCAUUUCAAUCUUUUCUACAGCCUCCUCCUAAUAUCCUUCAAUCUUCAGUUAAUGUUUCUGGUUUGGGUGCAAAAUCGAGUUUAUCCUCGCUUGAUGAUUUGGGUAUUGACGGCCAUAUUGGGAUAACAAGUCAAGGAACAACAGAAGGCAUGAGAGCAAUGAGGAAUAAUUAUCAAGAUCACUUGAGGUCUUUUGAUAGCUGUAAAUUGAACUAUACAGCUCCUUCUUCAGAUUUUCAUAAUCAUGAAAAAGGUUUAGAGAAUGUUCCUUCAAGAGGGGAAGGUGCGGUUGAUUCUUGGAUUUGUCCUUCAGAAUAGCAGAGAAUAAAUUAUUAUAAGUGAGGUCUAAAAUGGGUUUAUAUAGUUGGAUCAUAGAACUCUUAUUCUGGAAUCAGGAGGGUUUUUCUGCAACAAGUUACUUAAAUUCUCCACUAUCAUAAAUCCAAAACGGUGCCGUCUUGCUGGUGAUUAUGAUGAUGAGGCCAAGAUUAUGUUUUUCAUAUCAGUCUCAAACUCUCUUUUGGGUUUAGAUAAAUUAUUACAGUAUCAUUUCUUUUCCUUUCUUUUCUUUUCUUUUUCUUUUUAAUAAAUAAACAAGAAUUUUAGGAGUAAAUUAAUUAUGUGUAGAUACUUAUGCCCUUUUCUUUCUUUAUAAUUAGCAUUCCACAUCAUUACUUCAUCA